CCAUAUUCGGGCCCACGUUCUCCAUUCGCAAAUGCUGUCACAACUCCUCAUCCUCCAUCAUCACAACAAUAUCAGUUACCUACCGUUAACUCUUUUGAUGAUCGGAUCUUGCCCCGUUCCUCACCGAGUAGACCUCUUUAUUCGGUGCAAUCUCCAACAGAAUUCACGCAAGUAUCUCAUCCACUAAUCACAAGUUCGCAGGAGGACCUUAGCAGGCCGCCCUUCCCGAAGAGUCCGAUACCACCUGCACCCACAAAUACCUACCGUGAACUAGUCUCUCAUCCAGCAGUACCUGAUACGAGCUUAGAUUACCGUAUCCGUCCAAGAGAAACACCAGUUUUGAACGGACACUCACACAGCGGCUACGAGCAAGUGCGCAAACCAACCACUUUACCUCCUCCACCACCAACAAACUAUCCUGACUCUAAUCUCAAUCGCGGACGAGCCAGCCCACUUUAUGUGGAACCGAAUCGUGCCAGAAAUAGAUCACAAGUGGAGCCAUCCACAAGUCAACGAUAUUCUUGCACUGAAGCUCAAGCUGAGCGAUAUCGAUCUACACGACGAUCUCACAGUUCACAUCGACGACGACAUGAGCAUCAACGAGAAAGAGCACAGCGACAACGACAUCGUAGUGAAUCGCCAGCAUAUCGUGAGCGCUACACAUCUCCUGGCUACGGUAGCGGCGGCACAACCUUAUCUCCCGUGGGUUAUGAUGAGCAUCCCGAUCCAAAUCGUCUACCAGGCGAAGGACCAACCCGAGCGAAUUCGCGCGAGAUCUUCCAUCUCUAUCAGACACGCGAUGUCAUGCAGAAUGUUGUGGCGCAAUUGUAAGA